AUGGUCGUAACUGCUGACGUUGUCCUACCAGAAGAGUCGGAGUUAACUGUAGAGGAGGUCAAUUUGUCAACAGCUUCUUUGAGAGCGGGGUCUUUCCAUUUGGGAAAAUAUUGUGAACAAGCAAAUAAUGAAUUUAUGCUCUGCCGCUUUGAGGAGGAUGACCCUCGAAAAUGUAUCAAUGAGGGUAAGGCUGUUACUGCCUGUACAAUGGAUUUUUUCCGCAAAGUGAAAAAGGCUUGUGUGGCUGAGUUCAACCAAUACGCAAACUGCAUUGAUAAAAGCUCAGGAGAUUUUAGCCUUCAACAUUGCCGUAAAACGCAGGGGGUAUUUGACAAGUGUAUGCUAGAAAAUUUAAAUUUGGAACGUCCUCCGUUUGGCUACUUCUGUGAACCGCGGGUUCAUGAUACGAAGAGGCCAAAACCUCCACCCGAACCGAAGGCCGUAUAUCCUGAUGCAACUCCAGGUCUUCCGGACGACGCCGAGAGAAAACCCGCACGAUUUGGCUCGCGCUUCUACUGGAUGACCGAAUAA